GGUGCUUUGUGAAUGAGCAGCAAAGUGAGGAGUACUCCUCCAGUCAGUCAGGAGCUCAGAGAGAGGAAGGAAGCACAGAAAAAAAGCCCACAAAGUUGGCCAAAUGGAUUUCUUCACAGGAGUCCGGCCUUUAUUAUUUUCUUAUGUACUCAUUAACGGCAUCCUGAUUACGCUACAAACAAAAGAAGAGGUUCUUCUAGACAUGAAGGCCACAGGAGGUGAGCUGGGCUGGUUGACUUGGCCUUUAGACCAAGGAGACAAGCCAGGGUGGGAGGUCGUCCAAAGGACCCUGAACGGCUCUCAGUUCUACACCUAUUCUGUCUGCAAUGUCGGUGAACGUGAGCAAGACAACUGGCUACGCACCACCUUCAUCCAACGGCGACCGUCAGCCUCGAGAGUCUUCGUGGAGCUCCAGUUCAUCGUACGUGACUGCAACUCCUUUGACGGCGCCUCGGUGACCUGCAAGGAAACCUUCAACCUCUUCACGUCAGAGUCGGACAUCGACGUGGGCACCACCUUCCGUAAGGGUCAGUUCAAGAAAGUGGCCACUAUCGCUCCCGAUGAGAUCACCAGCAAGAACGAGCUGUGCAUCAACACCGAGACUCGAGUGGUGGAGAACCUCUCGCGGAAAGGCUUCUACUUGGCUUUCCAAGACAUCGGUGCAUGUGUCGCUUUGCUCUCGGUGAGAGUUUACUACAAAACCUGCCCGGCCACAGUGAUGAGCCUCGCGUCCUUCCGGGAAACGGUGGCUGGCGGAGAGAACCAGGCUCUGAGAGAAGUGAGCGGGGUAUGCGUGGAUAAUGCCGUGAGCGAGGAGCUGCCUCGUAUUUACUGCACCUUGGAUGGAGAGUGGGUGGUGCCAGUUGGACAGUGCCAGUGCAAAGAGGGCUAUGAAGAAGUCAAAGACACUUGUCAAGAAUGCCAGCCUGGCUUCUUCAAAGCGGAAGCAUCCGGUGAUAAGUGUCAACCGUGUCCUGCCAACACCCAGGGGCUGGGCUCGGGGGCUUUGUUCUGUCCAUGUAAGGACGGCUUCUACCGCGCCCCCAGUGACUCCACCACCGGACCCUGCUCAGGCCUCCCCUCUGCUCCCAGAGACCUGUCAGCAACCACCACUCUACUAUCCGCUGGAAGAAUCCUUCUCUCCUGGAGGCCCCCAGAGGACACAGGCGGCCGCACGGACAUCACCUACAGCGUGGAAUGCCAGCGCUGCGAUGGUUCUGUGUGUCAGCCAUGUGGUGACAAGAUCCAUUACGAGCCAUCGAGUUCAGGCCUCACGGACACUAAGGUUUCAGUGAGCGAGCUGGACGCUCACCUGAACUACACCUUCAUGGUGGAGGCUCACAGCGGCGUGUCCGUGUUCGCUAGUCAGGCAUCGCCACGAAUGAACAGGCCACCAUCGUCGAGUGUGCUGACGACGUCUCUCCACUACACGGAUCCUCCAAAGAUUACCUCCAUGCGACUUGUUGAGAAAACCGCCACCAGGCUGUCCAUUUCUUGGGACGUGUCACGCCGACCACGCUUUCAACCUCGGCCAGUCCGCUAUGAGCUUACCUAUCGCAAAAAGGAUGACAAUCUGGAUGUGACUACCUACACCGUGCUGAUCCUGGAGAAGAGCUCAGUGGAGAUCAAUGAUCUGGCCCCCGGCACCGCCUACCUAUUUCGGGUCCAGGCCCUCAGCAGUGAUGGCGCCCCCGGAGGCUCCAGUGUGGAGGAAGAGUUUCAUACAUCGUCUGCAGAACCUCUGACUCAGACCAAUCCUGCGCUGGUUUUCGGCGUGCCAGUCUUAGGGGCAGCUUUGUUGUUCGUACUGGUUCUGGUCCUUUUCCUCCGCAGACGGAAAAGAAACUCUCACACCAGACAAGGACCAGAGGACACGUACUUCUCCAGCCCAGAGCAACUGAAGCCCCUGAAGACCUACGUGGACCCGCACACAUACGAGGACCCCAGCACAGCCGUUCUUAAGUUUGCCACCGAGAUCCACCCCAACCACGUAACCAAACAAAAAGUCAUUGGAGCCGGAGAGUUUGGUGAGGUGUACCGUGGGAUUCUGAAGGUGCCCGGCAGGAAGGAGGUAGCGGUGGCGAUCAAGACACUAAAGCCAGGCUACUCCGAGAAACAGAGGCAGGACUUCCUAAGCGAGGCCUCCAUCAUGGGACAGUUCUCCCAUCAGAACAUCAUUCACCUGGAGGGAGUGGUCACCAAAUGUAAGGACAUCUUAAACACGUUCUUUUUUCCUACCUCUUUUGAGACACUCAGUUGUGAUAUUUUUAUAUGUUUGUGUGCAGUCAAACACGCCAUGAUUGUGACAGAAUACAUGGAGAAUGGAGCACUGGACAGGUACCUCAGGGAUCGCGACGGUGAGAUUUCCUCCUUCCAGCUGGUGGGAAUGCUCCGUGGCAUCGCAGCCGGCAUGAAGUACCUCUCUGAUAUGAGCUACGUCCACCGUGACUUGGCCGCUCGUAACAUCCUGGUCAACACCAAUCUGGAGUGUAAAGUGUCCGACUUUGGCUUGUCGAGAGUGCUGGAGGACGAUCCUGAGGGGACGUACACCACAAGUGGAGGAAAGAUCCCCAUCCGUUGGACUGCUCCAGAAGCAAUUGCAUACAGGAAGUUCACCUCAGCCAGCGACGUGUGGAGUUUUGGCAUCGUCAUUUGGGAGGUCAUGGCUUUUGGUGAACGGCCUUACUGGGACAUGAGUAAUCACGAGGUAAUGAAAGCCAUCAACGAGGCUUUCAGACUCCCAGCACCCAUGGACUGUCCCUCGGCUGUUUACCAGCUCAUGCUUCAGUGCUGGCUACAGGACCGCUCCAAACGACCGCGUUUCGGGGACAUUGUCAGCCUGCUGGACAAACUACUGCGCAGUCCAGACUCCCUAAAAGCCAUUGCGGACUUUGACCCACGCGUAGCCAUCCGCCUGCCCAGCGUCAGCGGCUCAGACGGGUCCCCCUUCAGGUCUGUGUCGGAGUGGCUGGAGUCCAUAAAGAUGAGCCAGUACAGCGAGAACUUCAGCUGCGCCGGCAUCGUCAGCAUGGACCAGGUCCUGCAGAUGAAGAAUGAGGACAUCAAGAACAUUGGAGUCAGGCUCCCUGGCCAUUUGAAAAGAAUCGCCUACAGCAUUUUGGGUCUGAAGGACCAGACCAGCACCCUGAGUGUGUUUGCAGUGUGAUGGGCAUCGUUCAUGGACUUCAUAUCAAGCACUGAAGCAGAAAGCCCCUUUUGGACUCUUAACUGAGCUGGAGCGAUGCUGCACGGGAGGCUGUGAUGGACGCGACCUGAAGAGCUGUGACAUCUCAUUGGUGUCGACUGAAAGGAACAAAAACGGAACUUUCUGUACAGUUUUUUUUUUAAUUUGCAGCAGACUGGACAUCAACAUUAACAAAGUAGAUUUUUCUUUUUCUGCAAUUCAUUUUCCAGGCCUUUCUAGACUUUGCAUUCCUCCUUCAAAGAGAAUUUAAAAAAUCACUUGUGGGAAUGGCUUUUUGCAAACGUGCACACAGUAUUGAGCAUACACAGAAGGUGUGGCGGCGUGGGAGGAGAGAGAUCCAGCCGAGUACUUCCUGUUCCACCGCUGAGGACACGUGAGGUCACAAGGGGAGCUUGAAAGUAGCUGGAGCUGGGCAAACAGAAACUAAGCUAUGAUUCUGUCAGGCUUAUACUUUUACAUAUUAGGUACUUUUGUAUAUAUUUUUUGAGUUUACCAAAACCACUGGAAUUAAAGAAUUUCUAAUGUAGCACUUCCUUUGAAAAUGUUGUGGUUUUGGACAUAAGGAAUAGAAAAAUGUCUUAUUGUGCCAAACAGGAGUGGCGCAAAUGUAAAGACACGCUAUCCGAUGCUGUUUUUAGCUUGCCGGUAAUGAAGAUGGAAGCGAUGUAAUGAGGAGAUGAUUUCAUACUAAAUAAUAGUUUGGGUUGCAAUGUCAGUGUCUGGUCUGUUUUGGGGAACAACACACACAAAUGGUCAUGUUCUUGAUUUGAGCAUCAUUGAUGCAAAGAUAUGCUUUGAGAAUGAAGUGCCACGUUUUCCUGAUGUUGAAAGACAUUCUUCCAAGUGCCUGUUUGCUUCUCUGGUGCUCUUCAUUGAUGACUGCAAAUUGUUGUGUUACUGAUGUUCAACUUCCUUUACUUGAAUUUUACUGCAUUUUGUUUCAAGUGUUUCUAUGAUUCUUUUGGAGCUCUAGCUUUGGAAAAGGGAUAUUUUUUUUGUAUUGUCAUUGGAAUUCCAUUUUAUAUGAGUAUUAGUCAGCAGAUUUGUAAAUUUUCCACGUCUGUUCUAUCCAAAGCAAUUCAAACCAAAAAAAAAAAACCCCAAAUCCUUUUUAAAAAGCAAAAACCUUCAUUUUUGCCUCCUAUUUUUUUAAAAACUGUAUUUAAUAGUCUAUUUAUUUGUUACUUUUUUUAUUUAUUCAUCCUGAUAAACACUGAGCUGGGAUUAUUAUGAUUGAAGGUAGCUCUGUCAUCCUACAUAGAAAAAAAGCUAUGUGUCCCUUUUUUUGCGGAAUAUUUUUGCUUUCAUUACAUACUGUAUG